GCAAGAGUUUCUUUGUGAACUUAAGUCAUAUUCAUUUACCUCUGCAUGUCCCCAUAACUUCACUUACAAAUGAAUGAGAAUUAAUACUAACAUGUGUCAGUCUUUAAUGUCAUACCACACCCAUAGUAGGGGCUUUGUCCAGAGAGGCAGUGUUGGUGAUUCCAGGUUUGUCAAAGCCAUUCAUCCCCCAGCACCUUAAGCAGUAAGCAGUCCUGCUUAAAUCAAGUUAACCAGGACUUCCCAGCAGAACCAGGAAUGUAGUAUUUCCCGUCCUCUUCUGUAAAUGAAGGAACAUGAGGGGAGGGGCCGGCUCACACAUACAUGAGUGGAAAACUGUCAGAGUCUGAGGCUCUGGUUCUUUGCUGACCUAGAGGCUGGGCUCAGCGGCUUGAGAACUCCACAGCUGUUCCUGUCUCCGAGGAGCUUCUGUUCCCCGGUUCUGUCCGUCAGCUAGGUCUGCAGUGCUGACUCUGGGAUUCUCUUAUGAAUAUGCCUGAUGGGCAAGCCAGAGGAAGAUCUAGAAACACCGAGUAAUUCAGAGCAGCCUGCUUAGUAAAUGGUGGGAAGAAAAGCCGACGCUGGCUCCUCUCUCUGGGGACUGUGAAGUGAUGAUCUGGAAUUACCAUGUCCCCGAGCAGAGCUGGAGCAAGCCAAAACUCUGAAUCUGCUGGCAGUGGAAAGAAAAAGAAAGAAAGAAGAAAGAAAGAAAGGAAAAAAGACAGGGAGGGGCAUGCUGGAGGAAGAGGGAGUCCAUUGAGAGGGGAGGGGAAGGCGAGCCUCACGUAGGAGCUGGGGUGGCAGGAACGAAGAGCUCCGGGAUUCAAAGUCUUGUCUACAGUUAAGUAUUUUACGUCUGUUCUGUCCCCCAGAGGCAAUCCCUGGUCUGUCCUUUUUACCAAUGCCCAGUGGGUGACAGGCUCUUUCCCAGAAGUUGAACGAGACGACAAUACUCUGACUGGUCCUUCUCUCCCAAGUCAAGUGGCUUCUCUGGUAAUGGACUGCCUUUUUCUGAGCUUCCACCCUGGUCAGGCUUUCUGAACCUAGCCUGUGAAGCAAGAUAAGAAACAUCCCCCAGGGGAAAAAAAUGACUGAAGAACCCACCAAAGAGAACGUGGGAGGCCCGAAGUCUCCCACACCUGUGACAAUGGAGAAAAGCCCGAAGAGUGAAGUUGUGGUCACCACGGUCCCCUUGGUCAGUGAGGUUCAGCUGAUGGCCGCCACCGGGGGUGCCGAACUCUCUUGCUACCGCUGCAUCAUCCCCUUUGCCGUGGUGGUCUUCAUCACCGGGAUCGUGGUCACCGCUGUGGCUUACAGCUUCAAUUCCCAUGGUUCCGUCAUCUCCAUCUUAGGCCUGGUCCUUCUGUCCUCUGGACUGUUUUUACUAGCCUCCAGCGCCUUGUGCUGGAAGGUGAGACAAAGGAACAAAAAAGUCAAGAGACGCGAGAGUCAGACGGCUCUGGUGGUAAAUCAGAGAAGUUUGUUUGCUUAAGACUGAGUAAGACCAAAAGAGACAUUUCACCCUACCGCCCUACGCUAACUCGGUGACUUCAUUCGUACCGAACCAGCCCAGGAGGGGAUGGGCUCAACUUUGGAAUGAAUUAGCAGAAUGAAAAUAGGGCAUAGAGAGGACCGAAAACGAGGCGUCAAGACGGUUCCCCCUUUGUAGGGAAUAACUCAUCUUCUUUAACGACAAACUUAAUCCUAAGGGCUAUUUCUAAGACAGAAGAAUCAGCUUUCUUUUUAUGUUAAACGUUUGGGGAGCGCGGGAAAUGCACAGCAUUAAAUAGCACUUGCUUCACCUUAGAAAGUACCUAAGGAAUGAUGGACAAACAAUGAGAACCCUGGCAAGUGGUGUUCCAGAAACGUUCCACCAAAAACCUACAUAGGCUUGGCAUUCCCAUGUACCUAGGAAAUUCUGUGUUUUAUAUAUAUAUAUUUUUUUUCUAAUAAGUUGAUUCUUUACCACCCCCUAAAAGAAUUUUCACUUUCAGUAACAGCAUUAGAGGUACUUUAUUUUGAAGAAUAGACUAAUAUUUUUUAUAUUUUAACAAUGGACAAUUGUAGAUGAUUGUAAUGAUACGUCGGAAGGAAACAGAAAUGUAGACGAGAACACAGAUGACACGGGGACAGUUAAAUUAAUACCGAAAUAAUCCAAUACAGCACCUUCGAUGGCUUUUAUACAAAAGUUCAAUGUGCAUUUCACUCAAAAUAAUAAAUGCUCAUGGCUGCUGAAACUUCUUAAAUGCUAGUUUCUGCUGUCCUUAUUGUUUUCUGAUCUAUUUUAUUUGAAUUAUUAUUAUAUUCCUGAGAGGCUGUGCUGGGGUUUGUGCAGUGAGUGCAGGUGCCUUUGAAAUCCAGAAGAGGGCGCCUGAUCUCCUGGAACUGGAGUUACAGGUAGUUGGAAGCUGCCCGGCCUGGAUCCAGGGGACAGAAUGUGGGUCUUCUGCAAGAACGGUGUAUGCUCUUAACCCUGGUGCCGCCAUCCUUCUAGCCCUUGCCUUUAUUACUUUUGUGGCUACUUCUAAUCGUCCACCUCCCCUCAUCUCAUUUGUAAAGUAUCAGUUGUGUGUUUCUCAACUGGAGAUGUCAUUUCUUCUACUGGAAGACUCUCGCUUUCAUCUCGUGAUACAAUAUGUUCCGUAGCACUUAAUGUAUCCUAAAGGGUUUCUGAAGGUGCCAGUAGGAAAUCAGUGCCUGGGGUCAGAAAUUUAACAAGGUUCCAUUAAAUGUGCGUUGUGCUUCUUGUUGAUUUAA